AUGGACUCUCCCGGCCGGCCCCGCCGCUCUCCGUCCGCCGACCGUUUCCUCGGCCUCUUCUCCUCCCCGUCCCACGCGCUCCCCGCUUCCUCGCCCUCCGCCGGGGACGAGCUCCUCGAGGGCGACCUCCUCUUCCCCGCGCCGCCCUCCUCCUCCUCGGACCCGCCGCCCGACGCCUCCAAGAAUCCGGGCCGCGUCCAGGGCGGCCACCUCGGCCUGCUCGCCGCGCUCCACGAAGGCGACAGGAAGGUGCGUGGGCGCGGCGGAGCUGCUGCUGUGGCCGCGUCCACGGCCACGGCUGGAGCCUCCGUGACGCUGCUCCACCGCAAGGCGACCAUCGCCGCGGCCGCAGCCGCGGCGUCGGCUUCCUCAGUUACGCCUUCACUGUCCCCUACGUCCGCCUCGCGUGCCAUCCCUGUGGCACCGAGGCCAAGGGACCCUGAGCUGCCGCCCGCGGCGCCGUACCACCAGUCGGCUCCCGUCCUGGUUCCCAUCCCUCCACCCUGGAGUCGCGGGCGCAAAUGGGACAAACUCGCCGGCGGUCCUGGCGACGGGGACGACGACGACGAGGAGCUCUUUCGUGGGGACGCCGCCAUGCUGCCCCCGCACGAGAUGGUGGCGCGCGCGUCCGCGAGCGGCGGCUACGGUUCGCCAGGGAAACCGUCCUCGAUGCUGGAGGGCGUCGGCCGCACGCUCAAGGGACGCGACCUCCGCCGCGUGCGCGACGCCGUGCUACGGCAGACUGGCUUUCUUGACUGA